AUGUUCCAUUUUGAUCAAUCUGAAUUAAAUAGUUCAGAAUCAAAUGAAAUGAAUUUAGAUUAUGAUUUUGUUAGUCUUGAUAAGUGGGAUUUUAAUGUUAUCCCUCUACAACAUCAAUCCAAUGUGGAUGAAACAAAGAAGAUUAGUGGAUCUAAAUUGCCUUCAGCAUUCAAGAUUCUGAAAGAAUAUGACACAAUAAGAUUCAAAAGAUCAAAGACAGACAAGAAGAUCGUUACAAAUAGUGAAUGUAUCAAGUUAUCUGUCACAGACAAGAAGAUCAUUACUAAUAGUGAAUGUAUCAAGUUAUCUGUCGAUGAAAUCCUCCGUUUAGGUGCUGAAAAAUUCAUCCAAUCGUGUACUAUACAUGGUGAUCGCGAAGCAUACAUGCUAUUCGCGAGUUCAUUUCUUGGCCUUUCUGAAGAUGACACUAGAAAUGUGGCACUAGUCGAAAAUCUUCUUGCUUCUGCUGAGAAAGUAAGCCAGAAACAGUAUGAUCGCGCGAGGAGGAUCCUUAAUGAGUGUGACAAGUUCUGUUCCAACACUGGAAAUCCAGUUCAUAGAUUGGCAUACUACUUUUCUCAAGCACUUCGUGACAGAAUUGACAGGGACACAGGAAGAGAUUCAUCGAAAGAUAUUGGAAUGAAUCGAUUAGUACCUAAGGAGCAUUUGUUGAUGAACCUAGACCUUUCUAUGAUUGCAGCACAUCAGAACAUACCUUUGUCACAGGUGACUCAGUUUGCUGGUGUUCAAGCUAUCAUAAAUCAUGUAGGAGAAUCGAAAAAGGUUCAUAUAAUUGAUCUCGAUAUAGGAUGUAGGAUGCAAUGGACAAUCUUGAUGCAAGCUCUUUACACACAUCAAUGUGGAUGUGAAUCAUCACUCAAACAUCUCAGGAUAACUGCUUUAUGUACCAAGCUGAGGCAUAAAAUUGAGGAUACACGCGAACGAUUGAUGGACUUUGCAAUGUCCUUGAACUUGCCUUUUUCUUUCAACAUUGUGAUGGUUGAAGAUGUGAUGAAGCUAAAGCAAGAAGAUUUUGAGAUAGACGAUGAGGAAGCCAUAGCUAUCUUUGCGCGAUACAUCCUAAUGAGGAUGUUAGUGCAACCAGCCAAGUUAGACUCUUUGAUGAGAGUGAUCAGAGGUAUUAACCCUCGAGCAAUGAUCGUUAUAGAAGUGGAAGCAAACCAUAACACACCAGCAUUCGUGGACCGGUUUGUGGAAGCCCUCUUCUUCUACGGUGCAUUUUUUGACUCGUUAGAGGAUUGCAUGAGGUACGAUGAAAGAAACAGGACAGCUAUAGAAUCGGAACACUUGAGCCGGGGAAUAAGGAGCAUUGUGGCAAGCCAGGGUGAGGAAAGGACCAUUAGGCACGUAAAAGUAGACGUAUGGAGGGCAUUUUUCGCGCGAUAUGGUAUGGAGGAAAUGGAGCUAAGCAUGUCAUCAUUGUAUCAGGCAAACCUGGUGCUCAAGAAUUUUGCUUGUGGGAGUUGUUGCACACUAGAAAUGAACAAAAAUUGUCUACUAAUUGGAUGGAAAGGAACCCCUCUCAUUUCACUUUCUGCUUGGAAAUUGUCUUGA